AAAUAAUUAAACGUCCAUUAUUUGUACACAUGUUACAAAUAGUUUACGUUAAAGAAGGGAUAAAACUUUCAAAGGUCGGUUUUCUCAAACCAGGAUGCUGAAGCCGGCAGAAAAACGCUUCUGUUUUGAUCGGUAAUGAUAUAAGGACAGGUAAUAACAAUAACACUUGGUGCCUGUGGUUUCCCGGAAAGCUCUGUGUUAUUGGAAAGGUCUGGGUGGCUUUACUAUGUAAAGCAUUCACAACUAGCCUGUACAAAGCCUCCCAGCUCUGUUUCUCUCUCAGUUUGGCGUACCUGCGGAUCAAGUCAUAGCAUUAGACUGCGGAGCUGGAGAGAACCAUGUGCAGCCCAAUGCCAGAGCCUAUUUGUUUGGUGGAAAAUGUGAACGGUUCACUGCGUGUGAGUGAUGGAGCCAUUGAGUACCUGUACAGGAUUAACCAGCCGGUGGUGGUGGUGUCUGUGGUGGGACUGUAUCGCACAGGAAAGUCUUACCUCAUGAACCGCCUGGCAGGAAAACAAACUGGCUUUGCUCUUGGCAGCACCAUUGAGUCGAAGACUAAAGGUAUUUGGAUGUGGUGUGUGCCACACCCCUAUAACACAGGACAAACUCUGGUGUUGCUUGACACUGAAGGACUGGGGGACGUUGACAAGGGAGACUCUAAAAAUGACGCCUGGAUCUUCUGUCUAGCUGUUCUUCUCAGCAGCACUCUGGUCUACAACAGCCGUGGGACCAUCGACAACACAGCAGUGGAACAGCUACACUAUGUCACUGAGCUUGCAGAGCAGAUUAAGAUCAAAUCACCUGCAUCCCGAGCAGCUGAGGUAGAGGAGGAGGAGGAAGACUCUCAGUUUGUUCAGUUUUUUCCUAACUUUAUCUGGACAGUGCGUGAUUUUUCACUGGAGCUGGUGAUUGAGAAAAAGGGUCGAGUGACCGAGGAUGAGUACCUGGAUUUUGCCCUGCAGCUGAAGAAAGGUCUUAGUAAGAAGGACACCAACUACAAUCUUCCAAGGCAGUGUAUUCGAAACUAUUUUCCAACCCGCAAGUGCUUUGUUUUCCCGUUUCCUGCCUUCCAGGACAAAAUGGUUCAGCUCGAGAGCCUGGAUGAGAGUGAAAUUUGGCCCCAUUUUCUGACCGUCACACAGCGUUUCUGUGACUACGUUUUUGCUGCAAGCAAAGUUAAAACAGUUAAAGGAGGAUACCGAGUCACAGGGAGGAUGUUUGGUCACCUAGUGCAGUCAUAUGUGGAGACCAUCUCUAGUGGGAAAGUCCCUUGUCUGGAGAAUGCUGUGGUUGUAAUGGCGAGGAUAGAAAAUGAGGCAGCUGUGCUGGAGGGGCUUAAACUGUACAAGAGUGGGAUGGAACAGGUGAAGAACUUAUUUCCAGUCAGUUUGAGUGCAAUUUCUGCUGAGCACAAGAAGAUCAGCAACACGGCCAACACUGAGUUUAUGAAGCGCUCCUUUAAAGAUGAAAAGGGGGAAUACUUCAAGAAACUGAUGGAGGCAGUAGAUAAGCACUAUGCUGAACUGACUGUUCAGAACAUGGAGGCAUCAGAACAGAAGUGCCAGCAGAUUCUGUCUGAUCUAUACAGGGAUUUGAGUGUGCUUGUACAGAACGGAGACUUUACAAAGCCUGGAGGAUAUCAACUCUACUGCACACAACGAGACCAUGUCAUUACCCAAUACCACAUGCAGCCCAAUAAGGGAAUGCAGGCUGAAGAGGUGGUGGAGAGGUUUCUGAGUGAGAAAAGUGUGGAGGCAAAAUUAAUUCUCCAGACUGACGAACAACUGACUGAAAGUGAAAAAAAGAUUCAAGAGGAGAAAGAACAAGCAGCUCUGUUAGAGCAGCAGUGUAAAGUUGAACAGGAGAGAAAAAUGGAGAUGGAGCAACUGAUGCAGGAGGAAAAAUUGCACCAUGAGCAACGGCUACAGCAGCUGGAGGAGAAGUUCGAGGAGGAGAAGAUUCAGCAGCAGCAGGAGCUAGAGAGAGCGCUGGAAAGUAAACUGACCGAACAUAAAGAACUUGUUCAGAAAGGGUUUGAAGAGAAAGCCCAGCUGAUGGACCUGGAGAUUGAGCAACUUAAAAAAGAAAAAGAUGCACUUUCUCACAGUUUUUAUAAGGAUUAUGUCAUUCCUGGUGUGGAUGUUGCUAAAGAAUUGUUGUUCAUGUACAUCAAGUAUAAAGCGAUGAAGAAAGGGUUACCCACUUUUUAAGAAAAUCAGAACUAUCAUUCUGUAAUAGAGAACACUAACUAAAAUUAAGAAACAUUAACAUACUGUAAUAUAUUGGAAAUAUAUAUAAAACUCAGCGAAAAAAGAAACUCCUUUUUCAGGAGACUGUAUUUUAAAGAUAAUUUUGUAACAUCUAAAUAAGCUUUACAGAUCUUUAUUGGAAAGGGGUUAAACAAUGUUUUUCAUGCUUGUUCAAUGAACCAUAAACAAUUAUUGCACAUGCACCUGUGGAACAGUCCUUAAAACAUGAACAGUUUACAGGCGAUAGCCAAUUACGUUCACAGUUACAAUAACUUAGGACACUAAAGAGACCUUUCUACUGACUCAGUAGAAAAAAAAACAGAAGAAAGAUGCCUAGGGUUCCUGCUCACCUGCGUGAACAUGCCAUAGGCCUGCUGCAGGGAGACAUGAGGACUGCAGAUGUGGCCAGAGCAAUAAAUUGCAAUAAACUUGAUUUUUCAAAGCUGUAGAUCUAGUUUUGGAAAGGAGGGUUAAAGUUUAAUGCAGAAACCCUCCAUCAUAUUGGAGCUUAAUGUAUUCACUGAACUAUAUAUGGACGUUUUCCAGGAGUUCUUCAGAUUAUGUAAAAUUGCAGCCACAAUUCCUGUCAGUACAAUCUCAUAUGAGUGGAGUUUUUCCUCUCUUACACAUAUAAAGACCCAUCUUAGAUCUAUGAUAGCAGGUGACAGGCAAAUUGAUCUGGGAUCUCUACCUGUGGAAAAGAGCUGUGCUCUCAAUCUGGAUGAUGUUGCAAAUAUCUUUGCAAGAAACCAUAAGAACUGGAGAAUGUAAAUGAAAACUAGACACUUGAAGGAGUUCAUACUGCAAUAUCACAUUGCAUUUUGUUCUUUUAGAGCUGUAUAAUUUGUUCCUUGGGUUGUUAUGCCAUGUGACAGCACUCUAAAGGGGACUGACUUUGUACGUGCAGACCAUGUAUUCCUAAUAAAAUUGAAUUAUUUACACAUGUUUCAAAAAAGGUCAUGUUGCCUGCC